AUGAAAAUCUACAAGAAAGAUGAUAUUGUGGACAAAACGGGAAUGGACACAAUUCAAAAAGGCAUGCCCCACAAAUGUUACCACAGCAAAACUCGAAGAGUUUACAAUGUGACCCAGCAUGCUGUUGGCAUUUCUGUGAAUAAGCAAGUCAAGUGUAAUAUCCUCACCAAGAGAAUUCAUGUGUGCAUUGAACAUAUUAAGUACUCUAAAGGCUGUUAUACCCUCCUGAAGCAAGUGAAGGAAAAUGAUCAGAAAAAGAAGGAAUCCAAAGAGGAAGUUACCUGGGUUCAUCUUACGCACCAGUCUGUUUCCCACAGAAAGGCACACUUUGUGAGCACAAAUAGAAAGGAUCCUGAGCUGCUAGAACCUACUCCCUAUUAA